AUGCCAAGAGCUCCGUCGUUAAUAAUGCUGUUCGUAGCACUGCUAUUCAUAAGUGUGGACGCCGACCAAAACCUGGGAAAGACCACGUGCCCGCUUUGUAACAUGGAUGUUAAGGCCGACAUCAAGGCCACUAUUUUGGGCGACCAGUACAUUUACGCAUGCGAGAUGGCCGGUCACAUUGACUCAUUACAGAACGACCCCGCUGCUAAUCUGGGCCCUCCGAAGAAAGCUGACAUCACCACGGACGAGAUUUACAAAAGUGCGACGAACAUCAAGUGCCCCGUGUGUGGCAAAGGCUUUGACCAGCUCACACACGCCGUGCCAUGGAUCUCCAAGGGCUCUCAAAAGAUCUACACGUGCUCGGAAGAGCAUGCAAAGAUUGUGUUUGACAAUCCGACCAAAUUUGUGGCAGCGCAGCUCUCGACCGACGACUUUUGCGAUGCCGGUGCGGCUGCUGAACCCACAGGCUCGACCAUGUUCAAUGGCUUCCAGCUCGCUAUUGGUGGCGAUGCCUCGUGUUUGCUACUGCUCUUCCAGCCAUGGGUGAUCUCAUCUGCAGUCAAAUAUGCCUUUGCUUUCCUAGGUGUCGUGCUGCUGGCCAUGUCACUCGAGGGCUUUGGUGAGUUUCGCGAGUGUAUGAAAAGUCGGCUCUAUCGAGACUACGGUCUCGUGUCCAGUCAAACCGACUAUUUGCCGUUAUCCACGCCACAAGUCGGCAGCGUCAGUAAUGGGCGUAAUAAUGGCAGCCUCGAGCCUUUUGCGCACAAGGUCGGCCGCGUGCCGGAUAUGCUCCCGCUGAGUAUCGUCCGUCGCCUGCCGAGCUGGUGCAAACUGGUGCUGGCAAUUAUGUACAUGGUACAUUUGACUUUGGGCUAUUUUGUCAUGCUGGUUAUCAUGACGUUUGAGACGCUCAUGUUUGUAGCUGUAAUUCUUGGAAUUGGUCUGGGUUUUGUCAUGUUUAAGGACACUGAUGCCGACAAAAUUAGUGGCAGCAUCGACCCAUGUUGCUCCACUUAA